CGAUGUCGGAUUUCUCGGGAGCGGGAGACAUCUUGCGUUUCUUAUCGAUAUGCUCAACCGAAGCAGUUUCUGUGGUCAUGUAGAAGCGUUUUGACCUUAUUAGAGUCGAGAUGUAGAGGACGGAAGCUAAGACUGAGACGCGUCGAAAGAAACAGAAAGAAACGCGUCGCGUAAAUCGGACUUUCAAAGCGCGUCAUCUCCGCCACGCGUUUAGUAUUGUGUGAUGAAAGGGUCGAGUGACUUCACCGCUUUCUUUCUCUCCCACCUCUUCCUUCGGUCGUUGGCUGUCCCUUCUGUUUGAGUCCCGAUGGUUUCUGGCACGAUACCUCUUGACACUUAUUUUGGAUCUACCUCCGCGUCCGCGUCUAAGUCUAAAGGCCCGGGGCCGCGAAUCGGAAGCUCUGUCCGGAACAGCAGUACGGGCAAUAGUAAAUCGUCCACGUCGCCUGUGAAGAAGCGAAAGAGGAUACUUCGUACUGAUGAUGAAGAGGACGAGGAUGAAGGUAAGUCGAGGAGUGGGUCUGCGUCGAAGAAGGGAAAGAGUGCACAACUACCAGGUGGCGGCGGAGGUGCUAGCCCGCUGAAGGUGGCCAGAAAUGGAUCGAAACUCACACCUGUGUCCAAGUCCGCCAAAAGUACUCGGACCCCAAUUCCUGGUUUAAGCAUUGUGGCAUCUAGCUCUAAGCAGGUUAACGCUCGCUCUCAGAAGAAUGGCUCAGAGACGGUGUACCCAACUCCCAAGAGUACCACGAUCUCCCGCCACCUUCGCUCCUCGCCGUCCAUCGAGUUCCCCGAGAAACUUUCGGCGACAAUAACAGGACUGGCCACUCCAUCGACCGCACCCCGUCCCAAACCUAAACCCAGACCUGUACCUAAACCUAUGUCUCCACUCAAAGGCAAGGGGAGAGUUACGGCUGUACGCAGCCCAACUAAACCUGCUUACACUGUAAAAGCUUGGGCCCUGCCUGCACGCUCUAUGAUCAAGGACCCGGACGACGAUAUGGAUGUCAUCGAGCUCUCCAGCUCUGAUUCAGAAAGAGACGAAGGGCGAAUAUCACCGCAGCCCAUAUCUACUUUAACCGACAAUCAUGACAGUACCCGUAGCGAACCGCAUAUUCGUCCCUCAAGUCCUCUGACUCCCGUGCCCUCCAGUCGCUCACCGAGCGAAGACCCGCAACGACCAGCCGAGGCACCCACUACCCCAGAACCCGUCACGUCGCCUACGACCUCAACAAGUGAUAGCUACAUUGCAACUCCGACCCAUUUACGUUUUGUUCCUAGUUCGCAGCCUACGCAGGAUUAUGGUCGUAAACAUGAUGAUCGCCACAUUAUCGAGAGUGACACCGAAUCCGAAUCGGAUUCGGAGGACGACGAGGAGAAUCCAUUCGCUGCAAGACGAGGUGACAACCGUCGUGGUGGCGGCGGUGACGUUGGGUCCACAGCGAACCCGAAGGCGUAUCAUCUACCCAAACUCUCAAGUCCGCCACAGAGCUCUUCAUCACAGGCAGCUUCAGUCUUCACACCGGCCCCUGAAUCCCGUCACCACCGCCCUCCGACUUCGGCGUCCGGCACCGCCACUGUCGCUGGUCCUUCUACAAGUCCUUUCAAGGUCCCUCGCAUCCCUACACACCCAGACCGCAUAUGGGGCUCACCAUCACGCAAAGACGAAGACGAGGACCUAGAAGUCGUUCCGUCCUCUCAGUCCCAGUCCCAACCUCACUAUCUGACUAUUCCACGAGAUCACGGCAUAGCUUCCCCAGAGCGGAAGACGGCCACGGGUACCAGUAAUGCUCCAAUGCAAACCACGACCGAGAGUGGUAACUCCAGUCAGCAUCCAAUCGACUGGUACGAAGUCGUGCCGUCCUCGCAGAGUCAGGAGAUCGAGAUGCAGUUGCCCGAAGGGUGGUACGAACGACAGGCCCAGGCUGUGUCUGUCGCGGGUUCGUCUUCGAGCACGUCUCCACUUGAAGGGGACCCGAUGGAUGUCCGUCUUAGCUCACCAGAUGUUUCUCCAAUUCGACCAUCUUCGCUCCCACAACCUUCAUCAUCCCAAGACUCGUACUCCUCGAUCGAUAUACCGCAUCUUCACAGCACCCCACCCCCUCCUAGUCUCAAACCCGCGUCUAAAACAUACUCAUACUCCGCAUCUCAAGAUCGUUCCCUCUCAUCCAGCGCGAAGCGAAAGCUUCAGAUCCGAGACAUCAAUCUCCAUCACGCGGAUCUGUCAAAUUUCGCUCCUGAUUCUCAACCUCAACGCAAACUCGUAGGCGAGCAACAACAGGAAGACUCGGAAACGGAGGAGGAAAGUGAGGAGGAUGAAGAGGGGCAGUAUCAUGUGUACCCAGCGCCGCCAGAGAGAACACCUACACCUCCCAGUCCACCGCGACGUUCGAUUUCUCCUGCUGAGCGUCUGCUUCAGUCCCAGGGUCCAUCUGCAGCGAGAGCUUCUCCGUCUACGCUUGGAGCUACGAAUACAAGAUCUCCGCGUCCACCCACUCCUCCGCACUCGACAGUUGUCGAAAGCAUGGCCGAAGCCGGACCUUCCAAGACUACACGUCCUCCCCGCAUUCCCACCUCUCCAUCUGCAGACGCAGAAGACCGUAUGCGCCGUAAAGUACACAGAUCUCUCGUCCGAUACACCGCCAAAGCCCGAGCCCGCGCCCAAUCCCAAUCCCAAUCCCAAUACACCCAAUUCACGCAAUCCGAAGUCGACGGCGAGCCCAAGCCCAAGCCCAAGUUCGACCUGAAAGCAGAGAUGAAGAAGCUCGGGCUGGACCUCGAUAACGAUCUGGAUAUGGAGUUCGAUAGUCAGCAGGCGCUGGCCCAGGGUGGGUUUAGUAUUCCGGAAGAUAUGGAGAUGUUGGAGUUGAGUGAUGACGACGAUGAUGAGGGAGAGAGGCUCGGUGAAGAUUGGGGUAUGGAGGAGUUGCCGGGUGCUGUGAAGGAGGAGAGUUGAGGUUGAGUCCGCCAGUCAGAUCAAUUGAAGAGUUGUGGCGAGUGUACGAGAGAGAAGAGCCUACUAUUACACACGGACUGAGCUAUGUUGAUUGUUCCAGGAUACACGUCGUAUUGCUUACUCGCCGCACUCAUC